AUGAGCGUUCUGGUGAAGAAGGGCGAUGAUCUGCGAAAAGACCAGCUCAUCAUGGGCGUGAUGAAGAUCUUAGGAAGGCUUCUGGAGGAGAAUGGACUUCGAAACCUCUUUCAAUGCUACGCCUGUUUGAGUACCAGCGAAGACGAAGGUCUGAUCGAAAUCGUUCCGAACUCGAUUACGAUCGGUGAUGUGUACAACGACGCGAAUAGUAUCGCGGCGUCGGCGAUGAAUGAGGAGAUCAGUGCGUCGAAGAAGCGAAACGAAUCUCUGCGAGACAGUAUUGAAGAGAUGAGCGAGCGGUUCGCUGCUUCGCUGGGGCAGUACAUGAUGUUCGUGUAUCUCGCAGGGAUUGGGGAUCGACAUAACGACAAUAUCAUGCUGAAUCAGAACGGAUAUUUCCAUAUCGAUUUCGGACAUAUUCUGGGACAUUACAAGUCGAAGAUGGGCAUUAAGAGAGAAACGCAUUCCUUCCUCUUUACCAAGGCGUAUUUCAAUGUGCUAGGAGGUGAAACGCACCCAAACUUCAAGUGCUUCUUGGAAAACGCGCUCGGAUGCUAUCGCGUUAUUCGGAGAAACCACACGCUGUUCUAUGCGUUGUUUGAGCUGCUACGAGACAGUGGAAUUGAUGAGAUUGACUCCGACCAAGAUACGCAGUUCUUCUUAGAUUCAUGCCACUUGGAAAUGAGUGAGGAGGAGGCAGAACAGUGGAUUGAGAAGGAAAUUCGCAAAGCAGUGAACAGCAAACUUCCCGUGAUCAACGACUUCUUCCACGUUUUGCGUCAUGCCUGCAUUGUUUGUUCUACACGCCCGUUAGAAUGGACACACAGAAACUCCAACAGAGAGAGCUCAGUUGAGUAA